UUGUGUUGAAGGGACAUCAACCUCUACCUCAACACGACGCCUCAAGCCCCCAUUUAGCAGAGAGAGACCACAAAGGAAGAUGGCGAAACUGCAACUCUCCCUGCUCCUCUUGAUGGCAAUGGGCUGUGUUAUAAUGGCACCAAUGAAUGCGAUGAUAACCCACAAUGUAGGAGGAAGCUUUGGCUGGAGCAUCCCCAAGGAUCCCAACUUCUACCAAGAUUGGGCAAACCCAAGAACCUUCGGCGUGGGUGACAAGUUGGUGUUCACAUAUGUACCAAUGGUGCACAACGUGUUGGAGGUUAUUGAGAAGGACUUCACUACAUGCAAUCCCCAAGAAAAACCCAUUCACAUUCACACCAGUGGGGUAACCAUUGUGGAGCUAACCAAUUCAGGAAACUAUUAUUUCUUCUGUGCAUAUGGGAAACAUUGUGAGCUUGGCCAGAAACUUAACAUUACUGUGGGCUAUAAGCCAGGAUCAACAGGAGGUACAGUAGCCUCUGAUGCUGCUACUACUGCUGCUGGAUAUGCUACCAAUUUAGUUCACAACAAAUCCUCUUGCAAUUCCAUUCACUUCUUUGGCUUGGUUUCUGGUAUAGUUGUUUUCUUGGUUUUACAGUUUCACUGUUCAUCUUAUAAGAUGUACUUGAUCAACUUUAGGUCUUCCUAAGGGCUGGGCACCUAGGAGAUGAUGGAGGCAUAUUAGAAUAGUUGGA